GCUGUGGUUUUCUUCUCUCUCUCUCUCGCUCUUCACGGAUCCAGCCCUCUUUCCACUUUCCCUUUCCACUUUCAAACAGAGAGAGAAGAUAGACGAACAGCGGAAACGACCAAGAAGAAGACGAAGAUCGAACCCAAAAAAGAAGAACAAGGUAUCAAGCAAUGUGAAUAAAUAUGAAGGGAAGGGCAGAAUUCAAUACCCAUAGAUUCACCAUCGGGACACGGUAUUUGAUCCAGUCGCUCUAACCUGCGGUCAUAUUGACUACUAUACAUGUGCUUGCAAGGCUGCAUCAGUGACCAUUGUGGAUGGAUAAAAGGCUGCCGAUCACAAGGAGAAAUGCCCUCUCUGCUGAAAUGUACACACAGAGAUGAAAUGAAUGAACUUACUAAAACAAGCACAGCUUGAGUCCAAUGACAGAGAACGCAUCCAGCGGCUUAAGUUAAGAGUAAUUUUUUCAGGAAAAAACAACUCCAAGAAAGUAGCUGCUGCACUUGGGGUUAGCUACCGCCUCUCUCAUUCUCAUCCGCAAUUGUGUUCAUACAUAUAUUGGAGGGGAAAUAGAUCAAAAAAGCAUACAGUUCUUAACAUCACUGGCAAAAGUUGGCGGAUGAGACAGUAGUGGCCAUAUAAUGCUUGAACGAUGUAAUAGGAACAGCUGGGGAAUCACAAUUUUGGACUGAAUUGGAGAUCAUUAGCUUGUUAUCCAUAGGACUAUAUUGCGCUUAAUGGGAUACUGUAUCAUCCAGGGAAAAAGGUUUUUGGUGCAUCCCUUAAUGCUUCGAGAAGAUCCACAAUGAAUAAAGGAGGUGGUGGAAGUGGUAGUGGAGGUGGUGGGCCAACUGCUGCGGCGGCAGCUGCUGCAGCUCAAAAGCAGAAGACAUUGUUGCAAAGAGUCGAUAAUGACAUUGGAAAUAUUGUUGACAAUUUCAGUUUCCUUGUUAACGUUGCGCGGGUCAACGAUCCACCAGUUAGAAAUUCACAAGAAGCUUUCAUGAUGGAGAUGCGUGCAGCCAGAAUGGUACAGGCAGCUGACUCGCUUCUGAAGUUGGUGUCCGAGUUGAAGCAAACCGCAAUCUUCUCUGGUUUUGCUUCACUCAAUGACCAUGUAGAACAAAGAAUAGACGAGUUUAACCAACAGGCAGAGAAAACAGAUCGCUUGUUGGCUAAAAUUGGAGAGGAAGCAGCUGCUAGUCUCAAGGAGCUCGAGUCACAUUACUAUUCGUCUGCCUUGAGGACAAGCCAACUUCAUCAGCCAUGAAUGAGGGCUCCAUAUAUCUAAAGCAAUUCAACAUUAGAAUGGUUCUAGUCACAGUUCAAUUUGUGUCCCAUCUUUUGAGAAGAGACCCAUAUUGUGCAUUGUCUGUCAUUUCCGGACUGGAUUGUGCUGAACCACGCUUGAUUGUUCUUGUUUCCUGAUUCUUGUAUGCGUCUCGGAGUACAAGGUUUUGUUCUUUUGUUUGAACUAUUAUCCAAACGGGCCUUGUAAUUUAUGAGCUAUUGUUCACUACCGACGGUGACCAAGAAAUGUGACAGGGCAUCUUGUCUA